AAUACACAUUAGCAGACCGACGGAGAGGAUCGACGUCUGUAACAAUCUUCUUUUACAUCCCCAGUCAUUGUUAUCAUUCUUGUUUCGCGCAAUUUCAAGGAGUGAUGCGAUGCGCGUACCCGGUUUAUAGUCGCGAAAUACCGUCAACCAGCUUCCCAGCUUCCCUUCGGCUUACGUCCGAUACACUCCCUAUCUUUCCUCUCGCAGGUUUCACCGAUUACCCGCCUUAUGUGGCCAUCCUCGUCCAUCCCGGCACAAGGGAUGCAAGAUAGUCUUCGCUACACUCGCAAACCCCCACCCUUAAAGAUCACGGUCGCAGGUUCACCCUGUCUCGACUUCCACCCCAUCGUUCUCCUUCUCUUUCCGUCCUCGUCCUACUUCCACGGUCAUUGUAUCUUCCCUCUCGCACACUCGUCGACGUCUUCCGUUCGUCUAUCUCCGUUCAGCGCACGACUGGUCGCUUCAACCCCCAACAAGGCUUGCUUCUGCGACUCGCGCAUCCGGGGUUGCGAUUCGAGAGGGUAGAAAACCGGCGCGAUGGUGGGGAAUCAGCGUCGGUUAGGUGGGAGCGCUCGCAAACGGAGUGGGGGAUGUUUGACUACAGUGAGCGCGACUCGAUUGUCAGUUAGUAUUGGGUUAGGUCAGCCCAGAGCAACGUCGUUGAUCGUCGUCGCUCCUCGUGGUCGGACGACGACGUUUGUUGUUUAUAGUAGAGUAGUAACACGUUUUCACGAUACCUCGUUUUUACUUUUAUUUCGUUUUGUUUCGUCUCUCGGUUCGAUUCGCGACGGAAAACUCGUCUCGGUGUCGGUUGAUUCUGUCGUAGGCGCGGGACGUUCGUUAAUCAAAACGUAGAGUGGUUCCCGCGUGGUUCGCGCUUUCCCUCUCCAAGGAUCGAAUCGUCUCGUCGCGUCGCGUCGGAGAGAAAGUUCCAAAAGAAAGACACAUCACCUUUCCGUUUCCCUUCGACCACGCUGUUUUGUGCAGUGCCGCGUCAAACGAGCGUUUGCCCGCGCAUCUUUGCUAUUAUCUACACGGAAGUGAUCGCAUUGUGCACCGAAGUGGAUGGAGUGUCAAAGUGAAAACACGCACCACGGAUCGUAGAAUGGCACUGUCUUACCUUCAAGAGGCCCAGAUUAACGCAGGACUCUUGACCAGCCAGCAUCUCGACAUGAAGCAAGAUUCCGAAAAGCAACCGGUCUCUCCUCCGCUGAAUAACAACACGUCACCAGUGUUGUUCCCUGGAAUGGGAAACGCAACCGCGGGACUCUCGAUGCUUACCCCGCAGCAGCUUUUGGCGGCCAGUCGAACCGCGGCCUUGAUGGCCGCAGGAAUCCCCGUGUCGUUGCACGCUACCUUAGCGGCCAGUCCAUCCUUGUACAGACACCAUCAGACGUUGUUUGGCGGUUGGGCGCCACCAGCAGCCUCCUCGCCACCGUCGCCUGUUCAUCACUCGCCUGGACCAGUGUCCCCGGCCUUGAGCACCAAGUCCACGUCCAGGCGAGCCAACAGCGCCUCCGCGAACAACAACAACAACAACAAUAACAACAACGUGGUAAGCAGCAGCGCCGAUCGAGUUACGAAGAAAGGCCAAGCCAACAAGCGAAAAAGCACCAAGUCGAAAACGGAGAGCGUGCAAGCGACGGUUGAGGGUUCAGGACCUCUCAGUCCACCCACCUCGGUCAGCCCCGAGGCGGGCAAAGACGGCAGGGACAAGGUCUUCACCUGCGGAGUAUGCUCGAGAUCCUUUGGUUACAAACACGUGCUGCAGAAUCACGAGCGCACCCACACCGGAGAGAAACCGUUCGAGUGCCCGGAAUGCCACAAAAGAUUCACUCGGGAUCACCACCUAAAGACCCAUAUGCGAUUACACACUGGCGAGAAGCCGUACCACUGUAGCCACUGCGACAGACAGUUUGUUCAAGUUGCUAACCUGCGUCGCCAUUUGCGCGUCCACACCGGCGAGCGUCCGUACGCUUGCGAACUGUGCUCGGCAAAGUUCAGCGACUCCAAUCAGCUGAAGGCUCAUCUCCUGAUCCACAAGGGCGAGAAACCGUUCGAGUGCGAGCACUGUCAGAUGCGUUUCAGAAGGAGGCACCACCUGAUGCAUCACAAGUGCGGCACGGUGGCGAACGCUGCUGGCCAGAUACCCAGGUCGCAGGUAGCCUCCCCGUCGCUGGCUAGCGACGACUUGGACGAGGACAUCGACAUCGACAUCGACGUGGAAAUGGAGGUACCUGAGACGACGCCGUUGCCGGCUAAGAAACCCUUGACGCCUGUCAGACCUGCUCACCGUCAGCUGCCCAGCCCAGUGGUUGGCACUUCGAUGCCCAUGCCGUUGAAUCUCUCCGGUAUCCCCGUGGAUCUUCCCGAGCAAACGGAACCGGAAGAUCUGUCCAUGUCCACGGGUAUGCACAGGCCUCACUCGCACUCGCACAGCAGCGGCGACUCGCCUAUGAGUCGCAGUCCGAGCAGCGACACCAUCCACGAGGAGGACGAGGACGAGCUGGACGUCUCCGAAGCGAGCCCCAGCAGCCUCUUCCUUCAGAAUCAUCGCAACCAAUACGUUCACCACCUCGCGUCCCUUGGAAACCCAACCCCGGCCAAUGUCGGACACGCGUCCUAGUGGUGUCUCUAGGGGUACGUAGACACAGCUACGUAGAAAGAGAGAAAAAAGCCACAAAAGAAAGCAAAUCCUGUACUUUCACUGGGUUCGACGCGUCUACCCAAGGAUAAACGGAUCUCCAACGACGCGUUCCAACUCGAACGUGUCGAAGGACGCGCACGGAAGGUAUCGUUGAAAACAUGUUUCUCGUUUGCUUUUGGGUAGUAGGCUAGAACCCUCGCAGCUCACACAGAAUCCUCACUAAAAAAAUCCUUCAAGCACCGGUUCACAGUCACUAUUGUUAAGAUGCUUUUUAUAGAUAUAUAUAUAUAUAUAUUAUAUUAUAUAGAUGAUUAUUAUUAUUACUGUACCUAUGAAAGAGAUACGAGUCGACGAAAGUGAAUGGCGGGUCUAUUGAGCAUUCUGUGAAACGUGUAAUUUAAACAUGAACAAACAAAUUCAGGGACGCGAUUUCUUUUUUGUCAAAAAUUAAUAUUAUAUAUAUAUCUAUACAGAAAUAUAUAUAUAUAUAUAUAUAUAUAUACACACACAUGCACGAUACGAGUAUAGAUAGGGUUUCAAAACGAGAAAGAUAUAGAGGAAACCUCUCCAGGUUUUCUUUUCCAGGGGAUGAUCUUCGUUGUAUAUAGUUUCGCGACAAUGGAAAAAAACGGAAAGGAUAAAGAUGUGUAUUUAGUUAGUCGUUGUAGUUCCGCGUGUUUCAUUUCGAGAGCCGUGACGAUUAAUAGAUAGAUAGAUAGAUAGAUAGAUAUUAAUUAGAUAGGUAUCGAUAAAGAGAAAAGAGCCGAGCUUGCCGGUGCGUGCGUGAGUGAAUGAGCGUGUGUUUGAUUCCGGAGGUGUGCGCGAAUGCGUAUAAAUGUGGCGAGCGGAAAUCGAAAUAAAUAAAAAAGAGAAGCUACGGAAUGAAUGUAACUGGUAUACAAGUUCCUCUGACAGUAAAAGUAGCGGGGGGGAGUGACAUCGGUUCGUCGGUCCUCUGUCGCUCUCGCACUUUGCCGAUUUAACGAGUUGUCGACCAUUUAUUUUCGUUUUUUUCUUUGAUUUUUGCCUCUUUUGUUACUUUCGAUUCAUUUCACUUUUCUCUUACUUGUAUUUAUUUUAUAUAUGUAUAUAUGUGAUACCUCACGGGCGGUUGCGCGCCGCGUUGUUAUCUAUUCUCCACCCCUUUGUAAAGAUACCGAACGAACAAGUUUUGUUAAAUACAUGUACAAACACACUCAAACACGUUUCUUGUCACCGAUCGACUAGCGAAUCACUGAGCGAGCUCGAGAUGACGCAUCCUUUCCUUGGAACAUCCAAAAAUGACGUCGCAACCGUGAACGUGUUAAAAACAAGAACACCAAAGUCCCAUCACGAUUCCUUGAGGAUCGUUUCAUUUGCAUAUUCGCCCUUCGCAAAAAACCAGUAGUGUAAGGCGAUACGCGUUCCUGAUGCGUGAAUAUGAAAUCGUCGAUUCGCAUCAAUCCGCACAAUAACUCGGAUUGGAGGCAGAAGAACCAUCCUCUCUCCUCGAUCCUCAUUCUCAUGCAUAAUCGGCCCACCAUCUUCGGCUACUCCGAUUUCCGUCUUUUUUCUGACGAGCAGCCGGUUUCGUGCGUUCCCUCUAGGAUUCUUUUGUCCUAGGGUCGGACGUCUGUUUCGCGCGAACCAGUUUUCGCAAUGAUAUACCCCCGCGUGCCGAAAAUUCGCAGCCGGUGGCCAGGACCUAGUCUUCUAGCCAUUCGGCUCUUCUUCUCUCGCUCCUCUCGAAUCGUCUCUGUGCGUUUCAAUGGUUCUCUGAUUUAUGUCUGGUCCUCGGCCAUGCAAAUUUCAUCGAGUCGAGGCCGCUACGCGUCAUUGUUCCAUUGGGUCAGUCCAGGACGCUUUUCUCAGAGCCAGGAAGGACGGAGACGACAUCGUUCGCACUCUCCCUCUUCCGGGUAGGGCAUCCAUUCGCUGUUCCAACACCCUGACGACCAACUCUGUAACGUAACGCACCUCUGGGUUUUUCGGAGCACAAAAGGGAGGGGGCAGGCAAAGGUGAUUUGUGCGAAUAUCGUCUACGGAACGCUGGCUGUCCCAAAAUUGCCCUCGUUUCGCUUUCAUUCGUUUCCCAAGACCGUUUCGCAAGAAAAGACCAAGGGACGCGAAGAAUAAUUUCUUUGACUUUUGCGUGCUUACCGAAAACAUAACUGUUUUAGCAUUUUAGAAGAUGAAGUCUUGGCAAUAUUUGUUUACGAGCACUAGUUCUGUUUUCGAUCGAGAAGAUUUAUUUCGAAACGUCCUCUCAACUAUCGCGAGGGAAAGCAAGUUCUACAAUUUUACGGCAAAGGAAUCAAUGCGUCAACCCUGAUCUACUGCUUGGAUUUUUCCGCUGUCCACGCCUGGGUGUCCUUUCUUCGGAGUCGGGCGAUAUCGACGACGGAAGUCCUCUCGUUGAGCAGCGUCAAUAGACACCCUGGUCGUGUAUCUUCGCGCGUGAUCGAACCCUGUUAUCCGAUUCCUGACUACCAACCAGCAGCCGAGCAAACUCCACAAAUACAACAAAUUCUUUGUAAUUUUAACAUAACAUGUACCGACAUGUUAUUUCACGCGACAAUUGAUAUCGACCCACCCUGUGCAUAGAUUUAGAGACUAUCACGAUAAAGUAGAAGGUAUCGGAGUCGGCAAACAGCGAUUCGUCAUUUUGUAGAAGGGAACAUUUCUGUCCAGAGAACCAACCCACACCUCUAUACUUUCGCCACAUUCUUUCCAAAGAUUCCGGAUUCAUCCUCACAGUUUUCACUCGUUAUUCACGUUCAAGCUUUCGAGAACCAUUUUCCACCCCACUUCCUUUUCCUGAUAGCACGCUCUCGCCCUGUUACAUGAUGUUAGAAAAACAUCUCGAGCUCGUUUCACCGGAACGUUUCGAUCUCUCGUCACGCCUGUCGUACCAGAGAUUGACAAAUUUCUCACACGGAUCAAAUAUUUCCAAUUAAACAGAGUUUCUAUUCGUCAUCUAUCUUUCUUCAAAAAUUCUGCUCAUUUCUGCCACCUACGAGCCGACAUUCUUGUUUAUCAUUUCCUUCGAUGCAAUUCGCAAGGAGAUACGUCUCUGCGAUUCUUCUUUGUUCUCAGGAAAGUCAGUUUUUUGUUUCGUUCGUUUUUCGAUAGACGCUAAUUGAUUUCGACGCGUGACCAUUGUCGAAGCACGGCGACAGAGGUCAGCAGACCUCGACCUCGUACCCCGGCAAAAAGCAAAACCCAUCACGGAUCCCCCAGGUAUUGUUGUAUAUAGAGAAUCCCACCCUCGGUAUAAAAUUAUAUAGAGAGACGAAGAUCUUGUAAAGAGUCGCAGCAGCUUUCUGACGGCGCACGAGCGUACCGACGCGUCGAAACGUCGAAACGCUACACGAAUUUACUUCUACUCGUAUAAACAGUCUAUCGACGAAGGACCAAUUACCCAAGAGGUAACACGAGCUUUCUAUACUUAAAGAUUACAAUACAUAGCCACGCGACUACAUCACUGGAUCGAGAGGACGUUUGUUACAAUCGAAGAGACAGACUGCGGUUGAAAUGUGCUCGAAUUUAGACUAUUAUAACUUGUGUGACUUGAAUGUCAGCUAUUUUAAACCAGCUUUCGUGUAACAGAUUUGAUCAAAUAUUCGAUAGAAUAUGCGGCAGAAAUAAGUACGAUAUAGAAAUGGAUAUUUGCAUACAUUACCAAAAGAAAAUAUUAAGGACACAUGCCGUUAUGCAACGUGAAAGGUAAAUUUUUUGUCAUCUUCUGACGAUACGAACUUUAAGCCAAGCUCAGCUUCUUUGCGCGUAAAAGUGUGCGACUGCGUAAACACAUAAGUAAAAUAUACAACGUAUGUUCGCACACGUUCCCAAAGCAGAAAUAUUCGAGGCACAUGAAUUAUGCAAACCGUAAGAUACAUUUUUGUUAUCUUCUAACGACGAUGCUAACUUUUAUCCAAGUUCAGCCUUUUUACGCAUAGGAGUAUACAUUUCCACAAACGUGUAAGUAAAAUAUACGUGUUUGCAUACACUUUCGAGGAAAAAAUAUUCGUGAUAUAUGAAUGAUGCAAAGCGAAAAAUUCGGCUUCGUCAUACUCUAAAGAUAAGAGCACUUUUUAUCCUAAACUUCGGCUUGUUCGAGCGAACAUUAUCCGCAGUCUGAUGACGAUUCGACGCGUCUCGUUAACGAGUAACAUAAAAAUGAUUACAAUGUACACAGCAGUAAUGCGUGUCAUGUUGCUGUCUAUUGUUUCGGUGUUCGUAUGUUCCGUCGAGUGUCCGCUCCAUCGUGGCCACCGAGAAUGAUCGUUUGACAGCUGAGCCAAUCCAUAGCACGGUACGCUCGUCGGUUCUGUUUGCUCGAUGUCGAUCUGUUGCUUAGAUAAUCGGAUUUAAUUCAAGAAUUUAGUAGCGUAACGAGAAGCAAAGUAUCCUAUCCGAGUUUUGUAUACACUGCUCGUCGUCGAGCGUAGACCGCCUCGGGGCCCAAGCGGAUCAAAGCGGAGAAAUCUGAAAAUAAAUUGAAAGAUACGUCCGAGACGACGUUGGGAGUUGCGCUCUUCGACUUCCGACAAACUGCGCUUGUAUUUCUAAAAUGACACGACUCGAAAACAUUCUCAAAUAGGAAAAUAGUACUUCCGAGCUUAGCAGGAAAUUAUUUACCAGUGGUGAGACUGGUUCGGUUCGAUAAAUAGAUUUUUCAAGUCGUCUCGCGUUAGAAAUAUGCUCGCGAAACGGUACCUUAAAACGAGAUCGAUUCCUAGUUAAUGGUUGUUAGUUCCGAACGAUACUGGUGAAUUACGUUCCUGUCGGCCCGACUCGACGAUACGGGCCAAUUGUUUUCUACGUUUCUUUGUAAACAGACCAGAAUCACCCGAUAAUAGCCGCAAUUGGAGAAGGAGCAUGGUGAAGUUUCUCGCGCCACGUACCUAUUGUAUUAAUAGAAUUAUCGCUUGAUCCUACAUACUGUCGUAAUAAUCAUUAUCGUUGUUGUCAUUUUUAAUCUUAAUGUGCAAGAACUUAUGUAUACAUAUAACUAACUAUUAUACAUAUGUGUUUGUGUCAAAUUAGAACGUUGCGUCGAUACGAUGUGUGUUAAUGUGUACCAAAGAUCCGGGGUCAACGGGUGCACGGUGCGAAUCGAAUACGAAGAACGCAUUCGACGGAAUUUUUAUCUAGAUAGAAAAUUUCGAAUAACGAAUAUACGACGAGUAAGUUGCGUAAAGGUCGCGAAUAAAGCGGUUUAUUCGCGUAUUCGACUAACAUUGCCAUUCGACGCCCGUAUACCGUCGCUUGUCCCAGUUGCUUGAAUACACAUUCGAUCGCGUAUGUACCUAUGUGGUGUAUACUGUCUCUGUAUGUAUGUAACUAGAGCUACGUAUAGUUAUAAUUUUGUACAGUCAACGCAGACGCUAAUCGUAUGCGCGACCGUCGAUCGUUCGCGCGAACUCGAGCACUAGCAUCGAUCGAUAUUUAUCUUGUUCCACUAGACCGUGAUCGCGUGUGCUCGAGCGCGCUUGGCGAGCCGAAGACGACACACGGUACAAAUUCAAAUUUUAAUGCCUGUAACUAUGGAAAAGUGAAUGGGAAAGAUGAAACUGUUCCGCGGAAACGAUGAACGAUAUUCUCGCUACUCGCUAAUUAAAAGUAUUAGAAAGAGCCACUUGAGGAUUAGGGACACUCGAUGACGCGUACCGUUCGAAACAUCGAUUAUUGUUCCUCCUCGAUCGCUGACACACCGACUACACGAUUGUAAAUUGGAACGCGAGGAUGGAAAGAGUGUCGAGUCGAAUAUUCGUGCAUAUUUUUAUUUAUUGUACGAAGCUGAUUUGUUUUUUAAAAAGUCCCAUCGUGUAUAUUGUUAGUUCGUUUUGAGAAUACUUCUUUCGGGAUGAAAUAUUAUUUAAUCUUUACAAUCGGAUAUAAACUGAAUCUUCGUUGCUUCGAAAGAUGAUGUUUCAUUUUAGUUUGACUCGACCAGAACGAGGCGACAAAUUGGGUCUGAAACGGAAAAACAUCUGACUCAGAGUUAGCGUUAAAUUGAUAUUAGAUAAAAGUAAUCAGAAUGUUACGAACCGACCCGAUACUCUGUACGUCGCGACGAUUACUUUGUGAUUAUUCAAGGCGCGAUGCACGCAAUGUGUACAGCAAAAAUCAAGUGGCACUCGAUGUAUACUAUGAAACUGACACUACCUCACCAGACACCUAAUAUAUCUCAACCACAAGACUGAUUUUAAAUAGUAUUCCUAAAUAGAUAAGAAAGAGAAAAUAAAAAUAAGAGGGAAAGAAAGAAAAAACGGGGUAUUACGAAGAGAUAUUGCGCGUACAAAUACGAAUAUAGACCGUUUUCUAAGUAAUUUAAUUAAUAAUAGUACUCUACCUUGUAGUUAAUAUUAUUAUCAUUAUUAAUAACUACGUCGCUGCCAAUGUCGAAAUCCUACCAUGGAUAAGAGUCGAGAAGAAGAAAGAUCCUUUGUAUCAUACGGUGUUUACUUGUAAUUUUACGAUUCCUCCAGCCCAUCCUCCUCCUCCUCUCCUCCCCGUCACUCAUCACCCCUUCCCGCCCAACAAAUCCCCUUUCUCGCAAUCACACACGACUCGUUUAAAUAAAUGUUCCAUCGAGUUGACUGGUCUGUCAAAAUAUUUUUAUUAUUAAAAUCUCACUGUUUAAUCGUUUGCGUGCUUUUUUUACUCUUAAAACCCCCACCCCUGCGCGAGCCAACUACGAACAAUCCUGCACCCUUAAGCUUUAACUCGUUAACUGGGUCAAUUCUCCGUGAGACCCGCGCGUGUAAUUAAAAUUGAGACAAAGCAGAAUUUUGCUCGUCUCGCAUCCACUUCAUUUUCAGGUAAACAAAGAAGUAAGCGAUAAAAUGUUGGAAAAUAUCGCGUUUUUAUAACGUUUACACGGAAAAUUGAAUCAUAUACUUUCUUUUUUUUUUCCAUGAGUUUAAUGAAAUUUUCACGGUGCAUUUGUGUCGCUAAACACAGAAGUAUUUUCGUGCGACGAAUUAACUCGUCUUGCGCAAUGCAGAGCAAAGCAAACAAAUUUUCGACUAACGAGUUAAUUGAUUUUAGUCGUUGCACGGACAUUUUCAUGCGACGCGACGAGUCAACUCGUUCGUCUGGUCAACAGGUCCAAUCGUUUUCACUCGGUCCGUUGGUCAACGCGUUCAUACCUUCGGACCAUUAUCCACGCGCGAUCGACGAUCGCCGCGGCUCUAAUGGAUUCCUAGAAUGAUAUCGAUUUAUCGAUGUCCCCUUCGGCACUGUCAAUGAAAUCCAGAGUCUAUUAUAUUCCCCGAAGUACCGCGAAACGAAAACUCGAAUAAACUGUCGCGGCCCAACAAAGCGUCAAUAUUUUCACAACUCAUCCGAGGUUGCAUCUUGCAUCACCGGACGCGCCCAGUAUUGCAGGAAAACGACUGGAAAAAAGAAAAAAGAAAAAAGAGACAGAGAAAACGAGAGUGUUCACCGACGAGUGAGGUAGGGAGGUGAAAAAGGGUAGAUACUGAAAAACUGCCCCACUCACCAUCCCUCCCUCUAUUUCAGCCUCUCUCGGUCUCUAUGUGUAUAUAUGUGUACGUCUAUCCCGUAGCCGGAGAGCUGCAACGACCUGCAUUCAGCUGCGCCAUUCAAUCCACCGUCGAGUUUCCAAAAUCUAGGAUUCCACACACGCGUGAGCACGUGUGCGUUAGACAAGAGAGGCUGGCAGCGUUGUUAAAUCGUUCAAGAGAGAGGGGAGAUAUGCCCGUGGCACAGUGACACAUUAUGCCAUAAUGUGGGGGCACGUGGCAGAUGCAGCGGAUUCGAGUCCGACUGGAUGGAUCGGUGAAAUUCAUGGACAGAGAGAACUUUUACGAAUUUUUCUGUCCGUCACCGAGCUAUCUCGCGGUCCUUCUUACCAAUCGAUUCGAUGUGUCGACAGACUUUUGUCUCCUGUGGCCAUAUUUCACUCGAUUGUCCGUCGUCGUCUGGGGAAAUCUUAACCGGUGGUUCUACUAGCGAAUCUUAUGACCGGUAGCUACAUUUUGAGCCGAUUAGAAAUACAACUCUAUAGUUUUUAUGCUAGUUCACAGGAAGUCUUGUUCAACAAACGCGUGUAGACAUUUUAUACUGUUCUAUAUGGUUUUUUCUUUUUUUUUUUUUUUUUUUUCAUUAAUUCCUCAUCAUUGCAUCGACUACCACUUGUUGUAGAUUUUUGUUGAAAAUAAAAUUGGUCUUUUUAAUUCCAACAGUUUUGCAUCUAAUCUUGAAUGAAAUGCAGAUUACCUACACAAGGCUCUUUUAUACAAAUUCACGCCGUUACGUAACCAUUGUCGAUGUACGAAGCAAAGUAUAGAGUGGUAUGGAAACACAGCUGACAUCCCUGAUGUUAAAUCACGUAUCCGCACAUCUUACUGUAAUGUAAUCUUAAUAGCAUGAAUAUAAACGAGGAUCAUUCAUCUUGGUAAUGUCAGCAGUUUAUUAACAUUUGAAUAGAAAUGCGUUGAAACGAACGUCAUCGACCUUCGUCGAAUGAUCUUUCUAUUUCAGUGUUAAUAAAUUACUCGAAU